CAAUACUAUACACCACAACCUGCUAGUCCAGCCUACAGCUACAACAUGGGUCCAUCGCCAAUGGUCGAACCACACCACAUUGAGCUUGCACAAUCAAGCGACUUUGGUGCGUUUGAUGAUCUCGCCAGUGACGACGUUGUACCUGAAACGCCAAAUCCAACUCCAUCCGCAACUCCAACCGAAGAAAACGACGACGAGGAGGUUGUAGAAUGUGAUGCUCGUGGGAAGAAAAAGUUUGCCGGGAGGAAGCCGCGUGAAGUAUGGACGGAAGAACAAGAGGUGGCGUUGGCUCAAGCAUGGAUUCAAAUCUCGGAGUGUAAGAAAUUUGGGAACGAACAAAAGGCGGAAGGGUUUUGGAAGCGAGUUCUUCAACACUAUGCUAGUACCUUGUGUUCGACUAAUCGAACCUUUCAUAGCUUGACUACCAAGUGGAAGGUGAUGAAUGCGGAGAUGGGUAAUUUCAACGGGUUGUGGAUUCAAGCGUUUCGUGCAAAGGGAAGUGGAUGCAAUGACUUGGAUAUUACGACGACCGCUUUGUCCGAUUACUAUACCAAAAUGGACAAGCAUUUUACGCAUAUACCGGCGUGGAAAGCGGUGAAAGAUCAUGACAAGUGGAAGCACCAAGAAUGUUUCUCUAAUAUUGUAGGAAUGGGAAUCCCGACGUCUAGUGGAUCUUCAAAGAGAAAGUCAUCGGAUUUUGAAGAGGCAAGCAACGACAAUGUACUACCCGACAUGAAUGAAGACCCUUGCCCGCCCCUGCCGCCAAGAAAGAUGAAAAAGAAGCAAGUUGCAUUAUCCUCAAGCUCGGCGACAAGUGUGGCCGAUGAACUCACGAACUACGCACAAAGGAGGACGCAGUAUAUGGAGAUUAAGGAGGAGAAGGAAGAUUUGGCGAAGCGUUUGAUGGCUACACAACUCGAGGGGGAAUGUUCAAGAACCGCCAACGUGAAUGGAAGGUGUUUAAGGAGCUGCAUGAUGACAUUGUUGAUCCCGUCUUGUUGGAAUGUGUUUUAGAGGAAAAACGCGCCCUCGGUAAAAAAAACGGGUGGCCAUGUAAUUUUUAAUUUUAAUUUGAAGUAUUAUGUGUUGAACUAUUUAAUUUUUAGACAUUUGUGGUUUGUAUGUUUUUUUAAAAAAAAUAAAUGGAAUGUAAUGUUUGUUGUGUGUUU